GCCCUAAAAUUAAGAACUCUCUGGAAGAAGUGCAGCACAGCACCAGGAGAGAGAACCCGACAAGAACUGGAGAAGAAGUUGAUCACCAAUUUCAUCAGAAUUCCGCCGAGCCGAAAUUGAAAUUCCAGAUUUCAAGCGCUUGGAACAAAAAUGAGCUUUGGAAUCAUACAUAGGGAUGUAUUUGGGGGAGUGGGACAAGUCAGGGUGGAGUAUUUGGGUUUUAUGUGUAGUUGGAGGUUCUUUCUCACUCUCAGAAGAGCUAUCAUCUGCAAAAAUUUUGAGUGGAUGAGGAGAUCAAAUAUUAGUUCAAAUAAUUUUUGCUUUGGAGCAUCUUGGAACAUAUGAGCGAUGGAGCUUCUGGAUCAUUAGCUUAACUUGGGAUUGUUCUCUUGGUUUCAUAAUUUUUCUGUUUGAAUCUAUAAUUUUGGAGCAUCAUGGAGCAUUUUGAGCAAUGGAGCUGGUGGAGCACAGCUCAAUUGAAGGAUUGCUCUCUUGUUAUCUGUGAAUUCUCCCUUCAUUGCUGAGAAUGAGUGGCCGCUUUUCACGCUCAAUCUACGUUGGCAACCUACCAGCAGAUAUAAAGGAACUGGAAGUUGAAGAUCUAUUCUACAAGUAUGGUCGUAUAUUGGACAUUGAGUUGAAGAUCCCACCUCGUCCUCCUUGCUAUUGUUUCGUGGAGUUUGAAAGUUCUCGAGAUGCUGAAGAUGCCAUCAGGGGUAGAGAUGGCUACAACUUUGAUGGCUGUAGGCUGAGGGUUGAGCUUGCUCAUGGAGGAAGAGGGCCAUCAUCUUCAAGUGAUCGUCGAGGCAGUUAUGGCAGCAGUGGUGGUGGAGGUGGAGGUGGAGGGCGUCAUGGCAUUUCUCGGCAUUCUGAUUACCGAGUUAUUAUUCGAGGUCUUCCAUCUUCUGCUUCUUGGCAAGAUUUGAAGGAUCAUAUGCGGAAAGCUGGGGAUGUGUGCUUUGCUGAGGUUUCUCGUGACAGUGAAGGAACCUUUGGCUUGGUGGACUACACAAAUUAUGAAGACAUGAAAUAUGCUAUAAGAAAACUUGAUGAUACUGAGUUCAGGAAUCCUUGGACAAGAACCUACAUCCGGGUAAGAGAAUACAAGGGCAGCCCUUCAAGAAGUCGUAGCCGGAGCAGAAGCAGGAGCAGAACUCCAAGGAAGAGUAGGAGAUCACCCGCCCGUUCAGUUUCGAGAUCACCACCGCCAAAGUCUAGAUCUGCAUCUCCUGUUAAGUCGACCAGGUCCAGGUCCAGGUCCAGGUCAUUGUCCAGAUCAAUGUCUAGGUCGAGAUCGAGAUCGAGGUCACCGUCAAGGUCCAGAUCGGCAUCACCACAGCAGGCAUGAUCAAACAGUGGCUUAUGCUGCCGCUAGAUUUGUUUAGUGGUGUUCUCCUCUUGAAAGGAGAAUCUGAAACUCUAUAUUGUUAGUUUGAUAGGAGUCUGCUAUGGACUAGAUCUGUAUUAAAGACUGGAACCUUUGGAGGUCUGUCCUAGCAAUGUGUUGUUUUAUCUGUGAGAGCUGCAGUAUCUCUGUUCUCUCGGCUGUCAUUAGUCAUUGGCCAAUCAAACAUGUAGACUUUUGCACAGUGGUUUUUCUGCUUAACUUAGUUCCGACUAUAUUAAAACAUUAGCGUGUUGAUUUCA